AUGGUAUUGGAUACUGGCUCUGUCGAGCUUCGGGAUAAGGAGUUGGGGCCUGACCCCCACACCUCCCACAGCGGAGACUCCUCAACGAUUGGGGAAUCCCCCAUGAACCUCAUCAAUGAGGCUGAUGUUGAGACCCUAACCAAAAUUGCCACUCAGCGGUCACGCCGCCAAUCGACCCACGGCCCUCAAGAGUCACUGACCACCCUUGCUCAACAAGAUCCAUCUCUAGACCCCCUGUCUGGGAAGUUCGACCUGCGAAAAUGGCUCAAGGCAUCCAUCAAUGAUCGCGGCCGUGAUGGCGCACCUGGCCAUUCAUCCGAUGUUAUUUUCAAGAACUUGAACGUGUAUGGAUCGGGGGCUGCGUUGCAGUUCCAGGAUACCGUUGCCUCUACACUCUCGGCGCCGUUCAGAUGGCCACAACGUCUUCGACAAUCGCAUGCUCCCCAACGGCGCAUCCUUAAAGAUUUCAAUGGCUUAAUGAAGAGUGGCGAGCUUUUGCUUGUGCUCGGUCGCCCCGGUGCUGGAUGCAGUACCUUCUUGAAGUCAUUGACCGGAGAGCUCCACGGAUUGGACCUGGACAAGGACAGCACUAUUCACUACAAUGGAAUCCCGCAGAGCCGCAUGAUGAAGGAAUUCAAGGGCGAAGUGGUCUACAACCAAGAGGUUGACAGGCAUUUCCCUCACUUGACCGUUGGCCAAACUUUGGAGUUCGCCGCCGCCACACGAACCCCCGCCAAUCGCUUCCAGGACAUGACGCGGUCUGAACAUGCUAAAUACAUGGCACAGAUCAUCAUGGCAGUCUUCGGUUUGAGUCACACCUACAACACACGAGUUGGUGAUGACUUUGUCCGCGGUGUCUCCGGUGGAGAGCGAAAGCGUGUCAGUAUCGCUGAGAUGGCGGUGGCCCAUGCCCCCAUUGCCGCUUGGGAUAACUCGACUCGAGGAUUGGACUCAGCUACAGCACUGAAAUUCGUCGAAGCCCUCCGCCUCUCCUCCGACAUCACUGGCUCAUGCCACGCAGUUGCCGCCUACCAGGCCAGUCAAAGCAUCUACGACAUCUUUGACAAGGUCAUUUUGCUUUACGAAGGUCGACAAAUCUACUUUGGCUCAGCCGCUGGUGCCAAAGCUUAUUUCGAGGAGCAAGGCUGGGAUUGCCCCACUCGACAGACUACUGGCGAUUUCCUCACCUCGAUCACCAACCCCCAAGAGCGCCGCACCAAACCUGGCAUGGAGAACCGUGUUCCCCGCACCCCCGAGGACUUCGAGGCUGCGUGGAUCAACUCGCCCCAAAACAAACAUCUUCUGGGUGAAAUCAAGGAUUAUGAGACAAAAAACCCUAUCAGCCCUGACGCUCAGGCUCUCAUUGACCUCCGCGAGAACAAGCGUGGCGCUCAAGCCAAGCACACUCGCCCCAAGUCCCCAUACCUCAUCAGUGUUCCCAUGCAGAUCAAGUUAAAUACCGUUCGUGCAUAUCAACGACUGUGGAACGAUGCUGCCUCAACAAUCGCAGUGGUAACCACCAACAUCAUUAUGGCCCUCAUCAUUGGUUCUACUUUCUAUGGGACAGUAGACGCCACCGCGGGCUUCCAGUCCAAAGGUGCAACUCUGUUCUUCGCCGUCCUUCUCAACGCUCUCACUGCAAUGUCCGAGAUCAACAGUCUCUACUCCCAACGCCCAAUCGUUGAAAAACAUACAUCCUUCGCAUUUUAUCAUCCUGCAACCGAAGCAAUUGCGGGUGUCCUGAGUGACAUCCCUGUUAAAUUUAUACUAGCAGUCGCCUUCAACAUCAUCCUCUACUUCCUGGCUGGACUCAAGCGUGAACCAGACACCUUCUUCCUCUACUUCCUGAUCACCUUCAUCAUCACAUUCGUCAUGAGCGCUGUCUUCCGCACGUUGGCUGCAGUCACCAAAACAAUUGCACAAGCCAUGGGUUUGUCAGGAGUCAUGAUUCUUGCCCUCGUUGUGUACACCGGUUUCGUGAUUCCUGUUCCGUCCAUGCAUCCCUGGUUCGAAUGGAUCCACUAUCUCAACCCGAUUUACUAUGCGUUCGAGAUUUUGAUCGCCAACGAAUUCCACGGUCGUGAUUUCCCUUGCUCUGCAUUCGUUCCAUCCUACGCCGAUCUCACUGGUGAUGCAUUCAGCUGCAGCACUGCCGGCUCGGUGGCUGGCUCAUUGACUGUCAGCGGUGACCGGUAUAUCCAACUGAACUACUCCUACAGCUACAGUCAUGUUUGGCGCAACUUUGGAAUUCUCAUUGCCUUCCUCGUCGGCUUCAUGUGCAUCUACUUCGUUGCCACCGAACUGAACUCCUCCACCACUAGCACCGCUGAAGCUCUGGUCUUCCGCCGCGGCCACGAGCCCGCUAGCAUGCGCCAAAGCCUCAACGCUGGAUCCGAUGUCGAGAACGUCGAGCCCUCGAAAGCCGAGGCUUCUGCCGAGUCUGGUAACCAGGGCAUGAGCGCCAUCCAGGCUCAGACUGACACCUUCACCUGGCGCGAUGUUUCAUAUGACAUCGAGAUCAAGGGUGAACCUCGCCGCCUUCUCGAUAACGUUUCUGGAUGGGUUAAGCCCGGCACACUCACUGCACUGAUGGGUGUCAGUGGUGCCGGUAAGACUACCCUGCUUGACGUUCUAGCUCAUCGUACAUCCAUGGGUGUCAUCACUGGUGACAUGUUUGUCAACGGUCGCGGUCUCGAUGCUAGCUUCCAGCGAAAGACAGGAUAUGUUCAACAGCAAGAUCUUCACUUGGACACUGCCACCGUGCGCGAGUCUUUGCGAUUCAGUGCUAUGUUGCGUCAGCCCGCCUCUGUCUCCACCCAGGAAAAGUAUGACUACGUUGAGGAUGUCAUCAAGAUGUUGAAAAUGGAGGAGUUCGCUGAGGCCAUUGUUGGUGUUCCUGGUGAGGGUCUGAACGUCGAACAGCGUAAGCUUUUGACGAUUGGUGUUGAACUUGCCGCGAAGCCCAAGCUGCUUCUUUUCCUGGACGAGCCCACUAGUGGUCUUGACUCUCAGUCAUCUUGGGCUAUCUGCUCAUUCCUUCGCCAGCUCGCCGAGCACGGUCAAGCAGUUCUUUGCACUAUUCACCAGCCCAGCGCGAUGUUGUUCCAGCAGUUCGAUCAAUUGCUUUUCCUUGCCCGCGGUGGUAAGACUGUUUACUUCGGUCCGGUCGGCGACAACUCCAGCACCAUGCUUGAAUACUUCGAAUCCAACGGUGCACGCAAGUGCGACGAUAGCGAGAAUCCCGCCGAAUACAUGCUGAACAUUGUCAACGCCGGUCAAAACAACAAGGGACAAGAUUGGCAUGAUGUGUGGAAGCAGAGCGAAGAGUGCACCGGGGUACAGACUGAGUUGAACCGGAUCCACGCCGAAAAGGAGAAGGAAGCACCAGCUGUUGAAGAAGACACUUCUGCGAGCCACUCUGAGUUCGCCAUGCCUCUUUGGUCUCAAAUCUCGCUCGUCACCAACCGUGUCUUCACCCAAUACUGGCGCAUGCCUUCAUAUGUGCUGGCCAAGUGGGGUCUCGGAAUCGCUUCUGGUCUUUUCAUUGGUUUCUCAUUCUACGAUGCCAAAACCUCCCUGCAAGGAAUGCAGACGAUCAUUUACUCUCUCUUCAUGAUCUGCACCAUUUUCUCCUCACUGUCUCAACAGAUCAUGCCCGUCUUUGUCACUCAACGUUCUCUUUACGAGGGACGUGAACGUCCCAGCAAAUCCUACUCAUGGAAGGCCUUCCUCAUUGCCAACAUCGUUGUGGAAAUCCCUUACAUGAUCAUCAUGGGUAUCUUGACAUGGGCCUGCUACUUCUACGCCGUCGUCGGAAUUCCGGAUUCUGCCGCUCAGGGUACUGUCCUCGUCUUCUGCAUUGUCUUCUUCAUCUACGCUUCUACAUUCACACACAUGGUGAUCGCCGGUCUCCCCGACGAACAGACCGCCAGUGCCGUGGUUGUGCUCCUCUUCGCCAUGUCUCUCACUUUCUGUGGUGUGAUGCAGACCCCUGACGCCUUCCCUGGAUUCUGGAUUUUCAUGUACCGUGUUUCGCCAUUCACAUACUGGGUCGGCGGUAUGGCCAGUGCGCAACUUCACGGGCGUCAAGUCCAGUGUUCGGCCUCUGAGCUGUCGAUUUUCAACCCCCCCUCUGGCCAGACUUGCGUGGAGUACCUUCAAAAGUAUGCCACUGCAGCUGGUGGUCAGAUCAUGAAUGAAAAUGCAACCAGCAACUGUGAAUACUGCCCUCUGUCCGUUGCCGACCAGUCAUUGGCCUCAUUCGGUAUCUAUUACUCCGAGAGAUGGCGCAACUUUGGCAUCAUGUGGGCAUUCAUUGCUUUCAAUGUCUUCGUGGCUGUGGUUAUGUAUUACCUCGUUCGCGUGAAGCGCUGGAACAAGGGCAGCAAAUAA